CCUAGGUACUGGGAGGUAGACUGACAGUCCUGGGUACUGGGAGGUAGACUGACAGGCCUGGGUACUGGGACGUAGACUGACAGUCCUAGGUACUGGGAGGUAGACUGACAGUCCUAGGUACUGGGAGGUAGACUGACAGCCCUGGGUACUGGGAGGUAGACUGACAGUCCUAGGUACUGGGUGGUAGACUGACAGUCCUAGGUACUGGGAGGUAGACACAGCCCUGGGUACUGGGAGGUAGACUGACAGCCCUGGGUACUGGGAGGUAGACUGACAGUCCUGGGUACUGGGAGGUAGACUGUCAGUCUGUGUAGUGGUGACUGGUACAACAUUAACAUCAAUCAAGAAGCAACAAUGAAACUGUAUUGCUUGAGUGGGCACCCCAACAAGCCAUGCAACGUGGUAACCUUCAAGAGUUGUACCCUCAUGCUGGACUGUGGCUUAGACAUGAGCAGUGUGAGUCACUUCCUCCCACUGCCACUGGUAGUAUCACAGAGGCUCAGUAAUCUCAGUACCUGGGUGCCACGUGAUGCUGAUUCACAGCUGGAAGGGGAGCUUCGCGAGUGUAUGAACCGAAUAUUUGUAGACUCUCCACCAGAGUUUGUACCGCCAGCGUCAGGCUUGGUCGAUUUCUCCGAGGUGGAUGCUAUCCUAGUGUCUAAUUACCAUAGUAUGUUGGCACUGCCUUUCAUCACUAAUGGCACUGGCUUUAAAGGUGUUGUGAUUAUGACAGAGCCAACAUUGCAGAUAGGAAGGUUAUUCAUGGAGGAGUUGGUAGAGUACAUAGAAAGGACACCAAAAGCUAGACAUGCAUUCCGUUGGAAGCAUUAUCUUCGCUCCCUUCCUGCUCCUCUCUCUGAGGCCAAGGCACCCAAGACAUGGCAGCCAGCAUAUUCCAUGAAGUCUAUAAACAAUGCCCUCUCUCAUGUUCAAAUUCUUGCCUAUAAUGAGAAGAUAGAUGUAUGUGGAGCGUUGAAAGUGACAGCUGUGAGCUCGGGAUUCUGCCUAGGCAGCUGUAAUUGGCUCAUAUGUUCUGAUCAUGAGAAGAUAGCUUAUCUUAGUGGGUCUUCGACCUUGACAACCCAUCCUCGACCCAUUGACCAAAGUUCUUUAAAAAAUGCUGAUGUACUUAUCAUGACGGCUCUCAACCACACUCCAAUGUUCAAUCCUGAUUCCAUGCUGGGAGAGUUUUGUGUAGCAGUAGCUCAAACGGUUCGUAAUGGUGGCAAUGCUCUUGUGCCGUGCUAUCCAAGUGGAGUUGUAUAUGACCUCUUUGAAUGUCUUUCCAAUCAUCUUGACAACAUUGGUCUAUCCCUCAUACCAAUGUAUUUUGUAUCACCGAGGGCUGAGAACUCAUUAGCGUAUGCUAAUAUCUUUUCCGAAUGGUUAUCGUCAAGUAAGCAGGGCAAAGUGUAUAACCUGGAUGACCCAUUCCCACAUGCUCACCUCACCCGCCAUGGAAGGCUCAAACCAUUUAAAAGUUUACAUGCAGAGGGCUUCAGCAGUGAAUACAGACAGCCAUGCAUUGUAUUUUGCGGACAUCCUAGUUUACGAUUUGGAGAUGCUGUGCACUUCAUAGAUAUGUGGGGUAAUAAUCCCCAAAAUGCGAUACUCUUUACAGAGCCGGAAUUCGACUUUGUAGAAGCACUUGCUCCCUUCCAGCCCCUGGUUAUGAGGCCAGUUUACUGCCCCAUUGAUACUAGUCUUGACUUCACUCAGGCAAGAAAGCUGAUCAAUGAACUGAAACCUUCAAAAAUGGUAGUGCCAGAGGUAUAUCUGCGCCCUCCAGUUAAUGCACCACAUCGCACAGACCUCGUCUUGAAUUUGGAGGAGACACCAUUAACAUUCUGUGAGUGUCAGCUGCUGAGCUUAGGAGUUCAUCGUCGACUGGAGAGUGUCAGCAUAACUCCAGACUUGGCACUCUCUCUCAACCCUAGCACCAUCAGACCUGGACUUAACACAGCCACAAUUACUGCAGCACUACACAUACAGGAUAACAAAUAUGUUCUGAAGCCUCUAGAAGAUAGUGAUGAAGAAGCCUCGAAGAAAUUGCCACGAUGCUAUCCUUAUGGCAACUUGAAUGUAGAUGACCUGGUUCAACGUUUGGCGCAGGCUGGUUUAACAGAUGCUAGGGUAGAAGAACUGCCAGGAGUAUACAUCAUAACACUGGAAAAUGAGGAUGUGAUAAUAAAGAUCAGUGAUGCCUCUACACACAUCAUAUCAGGCAAUGGCCAGCUGCGGGAAAAACUCCGAGAUAUCUUACUUGAAUGUCUUGGUAGUUUCUGAACACCAAAGAUGCUUGGUCAGCAACUCUUUGUCCAUUAUGGAUUUACUUUAUUGAUAAAACACUUUAAGGGGGACAAUCCUUGGAACCAUUGUAUCAGCUGCUUAUUUUGUUAAAUGUAAUAAUGUGAUGAUGGUAAUUCUCAUAGUACAGUACUGUAUAGAAUGUGAUGUUAAUUCUCAAAGUACAGUACUGUACAGUAAAAUGUAGAAUUAUAUUCAAGAGAAAAUGCUAAACUUAUAGUGGAUAAGGAAGAAACCCAGUUCUAUCCAAGGAACAGGAGAGUUAUUCCAGUUUUUUAGAUUGUGUCCUUCAGCAUUCCUUGAAGAGAUUAGAUUUUAUUUCUUCUAAUAAGGAAAAUUAUACAAAACAAUUUUUAUACUUUUCUUGAAAAAUGAUUACAUAAGCUUCACAAAAAAUACAUAAUUUAAAACUCAGUAUAUUUAUUAGUGGAAAUAUAGCUUUGGAGAAACACUUUAUAUACCCCUUUGUAGAAAGAAAAUACAUACUGCACUUGAGAACCUAAGAACACUUUCAAACAUAUGCCACCUUCUAGACUAUGAGAAUAUAUCUAUUGCAUACAUGACCUAUCAGCUUCCAAUGGAUAUGAUAUACAAUACAUAUAUGCAUUCUUUUGAUACAUGAAUAAUCCCUGUAUGUGGUUAUAUACCUUAUUAGAAUCAAAAUGUAGAGAUUAUCCAGUACCAUCAUCACCCAUAAAUUUGAUGCAGAUCCACACCUGUUAUUGCAUACAGUAUACAACAUUUAAUAGAUAUACAAUAACUUGCAAGUCAUUAAAGGUAUGAUUCAGCAUGAAAAUGCAAAUAUGUAUCAUGUAUUAUCACACACAGUAAUGACUUGUACAUCUAGUUCUUGAUGUUAUAGUAUAGUAUUUGCCAAAUACUUAAAUAUAUUGUGAAAUGUGCCAUCCUGAUGACUGAAGUUGAGAGUCAACACAUUUUGCUGCAAUAAAGUUGGUAGAAUUACCGACAAUAUGUAAAGUAAAAGGACACAAGUGCAACUAAUGUGACAUUUAUUGUGGCAACGUUUUGCUCUCCAGGAGCUUUAUCAAGCCAUUACAUCAUGGCUUGAUAAAGCUCCUGGAGAGCGAAACAUUGCCACAAUAAAUGUCACAUUAGUUGCACUUGUGUCCUUUUACUUUACAUUUUGCUGCGUUCGUCAGAGAACAUGUGGACUUCAUUUAUGACCUGUAGUGAGCAACUUGAUGUGCUUAUGAAGUGAAUAUGCAGUUUUCUGUCUGACAUUGCCAAUUGUCUAGCAGUGGCAUGUAUUCAUAAGCAAGGUAAGCAUUGCUCCAUACAAUUCUUUCCAAAGUUAAUUUUUUAUUUAAAGCUAAUUGUAUAGUUUUUAAUAUUCUGCAUUUUUGUUACAUGUCUCAGUGAAUAUCAUCCUGGUGCAGUAGGGCUUAGUUUUGAAAUGUGGAAGAUGAGCAUAUCAGCUUCACCACCUAGCUGGUCAAAAUGAUGUCACUGCCAGAUGUGGGAUGAAUUAUAUUAACCUGCUUUUUACCAAAAUCCAUUUAAGUAGGAUUCAGAUGAAUCUUAUGUGCCUUGAAAAGCAUUCUGAUGCUGGAAUUAAUCAUUUUGUCAUUA